CCACUAGCAGCACCCUUAUAAGUAGAACCGACCAAAUCAAAAAACCACGCGGCGGUAGCUCACUGUGUCACACCAUCAGGAGGCAUCAUUGAGUCACCCGAAGAAUGCGUAUAUGUGACUUACGAAGCUAUGCCGGACCCGAAUGUGCUGACAGAUACCACAACACAGGCAUUAUUAAGUGAAUUUUUCAGCCAGAUUAAUUAUCGGUUGGAUCUUUUGGAGAAGCGGACAGCAGACAUCGCUACGCAGAACGAAUACAUUCUUUAUGCCUUACGGAACCUAAACUCUAGGAAAGCGACCUUUGAAGAACCUCCAGCAUUCUACUUCAAUCCUAUUGAACGAGAGGAAGAACUCACGAAACUGGAGCUUCAGUUGGCGGAUAACAACUACAGAUCGAAGAUGGUUAAAUGGUUGCGUGUGAAUUGUACCGGCGACUGUGCGGAAAAUCGCAUGUUAGGCAUUCUUGACAUGCUGAUCAGCAAAAAAAUGCAAACGCAAUGCACCUGGACUGGAGCCAGCCGUUUAGGACCAAAACUGGCAAUCAUGCCAAAUCGUAACAUUUUGCAGCUGUUCCAAGAGAUAGGAAGUGACGAUUUGGAAGUAGUUACCCAACAGAAGUUGGCCAGCUUUUUUAUGAAAAAGCUGAAGAACUCCCUUAAACGUCUGGUCGCUACAGGGGAACGCAGAGGAACCAGACAUGUUAGAAAGAAAGCGACUAACAAUCUAACUAGUGGAUCGAAAAUCAGCUCUUGCGCCAAACGAUGCUAUUUAAGGCCAGCAAGAAAAACUUGA